AUGCCAUUGAAGACACCGAGCAGUCUGUGUAGUGGUAGAACUUACAAGAAGCGGUUGCAUGACAGCUUGUUAGUUUCGCUAAGCUACUUAGAAGUAGACAAUGAUGGCUCUCAAAUUUGCGAGUUGACAUUUCAAAACACAUCAAAGAAGGACCUCACAGUUAACCCAACAGAAUUGACCACCGCCAAGUCCAAUGCAGAAGAAGAGUCAAGCUGGCUACCGAGCUUCUUUAAAUCCUCGACAAAGACAGAAGAGCUGACAAAGUUAGUACCUCUGACGGAGGAUGAGCUGGUUGCCUUGUUUUUAGGACAUGUGCAAUUGUUUGGCUAUGUUGUUUUAAACUACAAAUUCCCAAUUGACACGAGCUCAUUAGAUAUGAAUCGGCACCAGCAAUGGUGGAACAAUGUGGAAUAUUUAAAUCAGUAUUGGCAUAGCGAAGAAGAAGAAGAAGAAGGGGAUGAAAAAGACCCACACAUAAUUGUCGAGAACACCCCGUUUAUUGCACAACAAUUGGAAUCAAAAUUAACUAUUGGUGGCAACUUGGGUGGCGUUAAGGACUUGAUCGUGAAUGAGUACGACUCAAAGCCUCUUCAAGUGAACCCGACGUUUCUUCACGAUUUGAUCAACGUAUUCGAUUCCUACCCCAAAAGCAACUCCAGUCUUCCUUUGAAAGACUUGACAGAUACUAUUGUACCGAUAUAUACUACUCCACAAUCCCUUCUAUUUUCUGAUUUGAAAAUACCAAAAAAUUCACUAAAAUCGUUUAAAUUUAGCGUGCCUGUGAAUGAUAAGUUGCCACCAAGUUACAGCACAAGGCUGACAGGGCCAGCGUGUGAUCAAGGAUGGGUCAGCACGAGAUAUGCACUUGUUAUCAGCUUGCAAGAGAACAGCAUUGUUGAACCAGCAAAAACAAUAUAUUUCCCAUUUAACAUUGUUCCUCAUAGGUAUGUUUCUAACAAAGUAUUACAAAGGUUUUACUUUGAAGAGCCACCGGGGUUGGACAAAACUUGGACAGUGAAGAGUAUAGAUGAUGAGGCCAAAAACUCACCGGUGGCAAACGGUUCCUCAGCAAAAGCCGAUUUCCUAAAGGAUCUUUCAGACUUGAUUGAGUCAGAUGUGUACAAUAUGCCAAAGGUCUCGACAACAGAGCGAAGAAAAAGUAGUAUCAAAACCACGCUGACAGAAAUUUCCGAUGAGAGCUUGUACACAGCUCAGAUUCCAUCGAAUUUAAAGACACUGUAUCAAUUAAAAAUCAAUGAUGAUGAGGUGUGCAAGAUUUCAAUAUCCAAACCUUACUACCAUGUUGGAGAGGACAUUCACUUUAAAAUUGAAAUGAAAUUGAAAGACAAGGAAUCGCAAAUUAUCGGGCUAAUUGCAUACUUGGAGGCUUAUGAAACCUAUCAUUUGCGAGAGGGAGGAAGACAUGCUGUCAACAAGUAUGAAGUUUCAGGAAAUAUAAAGAUCAAUACCUUGGCCGCCGCUUUGACUAAUCUAAAUGGCGCCAAAGCUACAGUAUCAGAGUAUAUCAACAUACCCAAAUAUUUGUCACCCCAAUAUCAGAGCAAAUCUUUUAUGGAUUUGACAUAUUGGUUGAACUUUCAGUUGAAUUUUGCCAAGCUUGCUGAAGAGGAUGUUGGUGCAACGGAUCUUUGUUUUAAGUCUAAUACUUUUUUACGAUCCGAUGCUAUCGGAAACACCCAACAUUUUAAGGUGCCUAUCCACAUAAUAAGUUCUGCCGCUGAGUGA